AUGGCGUUCUACGGCGGAAUCGUGUCCUACGAUAUUCAUACAUAUUGGAACAAUAACAAUCCAGAUGAAACAAAAUUUGCUUUCGAUCUUAGAGAAAAGGUUCAAAAGGAAUUUGCAACUGAAAUAGAAAACGGUGACAUACGGGUGUACAAAUUUUGGGAUAAGCCAAUUGGCCCACAUCCAAUAAACAUGUGGGAAAUAGACUUUAAAAAGCCUGAGAUAUUUGCCAGAGUUGUACCUUUCUAUCAAUUAAAUCAUGGAAAGUUGUCUGUUUUGAUUCAUCCAAGAUCGGGCUUAGGAGAGCUAACAGAUCAUACCAAGCAUGCACUUUGGUUGGGCCAUAAGGUUCGCUUGGACGCUUCAGUUUUAAGUAACGAGGGAUAA